AAUCGAUUAGUUGGGCAGCACUGUUGCAUUUAUCGGCCGACCGCCAUUAUUUAUUGGCCGUCUAUCGCCUUACCUCACGCAUUGUAAUAAUAUUGACGAAGGCCAUCGUCAUUCCGUUGUUAAUCUCUAAGUCGUAUUUUUACUGGUUUUUAUCGUAAUAAUUUUCACUGCCAAAUAACAAUGACUGACCCGAGCAAAUUGUCCGUUGCUGUGGUCUGUUCAUCGAACAUGAAUCGCUCCAUGGAGGCGCACAAUUUUCUCGCAAAAAAGGGCUUCAAUGUGCGCUCCUACGGCACCGGUGAACGGGUCAAGCUGCCCGGUCUCGCAUUUGACAAGCCCAACGUUUAUGAAUUUGGUACCAGCUAUGAGGAAAUCUACCGUGACCUAGAGUCAAAGGACAAAGAAUUUUACACACAAAACGGGCUGCUGCACAUGCUGGACCGGAAUCGGCGCAUCAAAAAAUGCCCGGAACGCUUUCAAGAAACCAAAGAGCAAUUUGAUAUUAUAAUAACCGUAGAGGAGCGUGUUUACGAUUUGGUUGUGAUGCACAUGGAAUCGAUGGACUCGGUGGAUAAUCGGCCCGUACAUGUGCUAAAUGUCGAUGUUGUCGACAAUGCGGAGGAUGCACUGAUGGGCGCAUUUUUAAUAACGGACAUGCUCAAUUUGAUGGCGAAAUCGAAUGAUAUCGAUAAUGAUAUCGAUGAAAUGAUACAGGAAUUUGAGGAGCGAAGAAAUCGAGUAAUUCUACACUCUGUACUCUUUUACUGACAGUGCCGAGGAGCUCUGUUAACGGUACAUGUCCAAACAAUCAAUCACCUGCGCUCCACUGACCAUAGAAAUCGAGAUCGAGACUUUAAGAUUUGUAUAUAUGAUGAGCAGAUCGAUUAUUUAUGUUAACAUGCAUAUGUCUACCAAUAGGACGUGGAACAAACCAAGUCGAACAAGUCGAAUUUUCCAGCAAAACAACAACACCAACAAA